AUGUCUCUACCUCUUCCUAUAUCAACUACUCCUAGUAGUUCCUCUAUCACUCAACCUCAGGUGAACGGCAAUGGCAAUGGGAAAGAAAGUGAGAUAAACGUAAUAGUGAAAAAGGAAGAACCCGAGACCAACUCCGGUUCCGAGCCAGUACGAGUACCGUCAGUUGAUAUCCCCACUAUACCAACGGACCCAAAACCCGCCGUUACCCCCACUCCUCAAUCAUCGUCGGCUUUCCCAGGCCAGGUGAAUGCCCAAGCUGGACCUGGACCUUCGACCGUUCAGUACUCUCAAUACGAAAGAGCGAUAAAUGACAAAAAGAGGAAAUGGAGUUUAAUGGGGUAUGAGGAAGAUGAACUGGAAUUGUUGGAAGAGGAAUAUCUAAAUCUGAACCUCGCUUUACAACUCGAUCAAACUUCCACUCUUUACCCUUCUUCACCUACUCAAUUCGAUUCUUAUGAAGAUAUGGUAGAUAGGUUGAUGCCUUAUCAUGUUUGGCAGAUAUAUGAUGAAGAGCUGAAUGGACAAUUACCUAAAUCGAAAGAAAAGGAAUUAAAAGAAAUACAAGAUGCUAGUGGACUUGUUGAGAGGAUUAGGAGGGUGAAGGACCGGUUUGGAAAGAUUAGGAUGAGGAUUGAUGAGAACUCGAACAUACCAUCAUUGAUACCGAUGUACCAGCAAUCCAAUCAAACGCUGAAAGAAGAAAUAUCAUCCUUACAAACUAUUCUUCGCCCGUUGAAUGCCGAAUACGCCUUGAUAGAGAAACAGCAGGAAGACAGACGACGUGCAGAGGAAGAGAAGAAGCGGAGAGAAGAAGAGAGAUUGAAAGCUAUCGAAGAUGAGAGGCGGAGAAGGGUGGUAGCGCAGCAGAGAGCGGAAGAGGAGAUGAGAAGGAGGAAGGAGGAAGAAGAGAGUAGAAGGUUGAGAGAAGAAGAGGAGAAGAAAAAGUUGGCUCUACAGUCUUCCGCUAACCCUACCAACAUCAAUCCCAUACCACCGCAUCCUAUCAAUCAACCACCAUCCAUCGCUUCACCACCAUCUACGCCCUCUAGCUCGUAUGCGGAUAGAGGUAAACCACGAGGAAGACCUAGAGGACGAGGUAGAGCAGGUGUGAGAGAACCUAGUACACCUCAUUUGACCGGACAGACCAAUGAUAUUGCAAACGCAAACCCGAAUACGCCCAGUCCCAAUUCCACUUCUACAUCUACUCCUUUACCUGGGGGAAGUAGUAGUACGAAUCGACCUGCUACGCCUGGUACUCCUGGUACUCCUGGUACUCCUGGUACUCCUGGUACUCCUGGUCAGGCAGCAACUUCUGCUUCUACACCUGCGGGAAUUGUGAAUAAAGGUCCUGUAUCUUUGACUGUCAAUAGAUCAUUGAUACCUCAAUUGAUAUCCCUCGAAUUACUGUUACCGAACCCUACACCCACUUCACCUAAAACACCCGCUACGAUCAUCAAGUAUCUGGAGGAUAAGAAUUCUGUGGUGCUUUCCGUGAAUCUCACGCAAUGUACGAAGACUCAGUUGAUCGCUUUGGCCAAAUUGCUGAAUGUCAGUACCAAGGCACCUGCACCUGGUACGGCAACGACGACGACACCGGCGGCUGCUUCGACCAAUGCUCAAGCUGGUAAUGGGAAUCCGCCUGCUCAGAGUGGGAGUAUAGCUGCGGCAUCUCAAGGACAGGUGAAACCACAUAUACAGGGGAAUGGUACAUCUGCAGCUGGACCUAGUAAAUAG